GCCAAAACCGGCAACACCCCUCUCGCCUGUUCGCUAGGCGUGACGUCACGUGACCUGCCCGUGUCCGUUCCAGCUGAGCGCGAGAGGCAGAGGAAGAUCGGACGUGGACGUCGCGCGGCCCGAACGCAAAUCCCAGCCCGUGCGCCCGUGACUGCAUCCACCGGAUAAGGAAAAAAAAAAAAAAGUAGAGACAGAAAGACGAAACGUGCCCUCCUCCUCCCUCCCCGGCUGACGGACAGCAGAGCGCAACAGCAGAGGAGACGAGCAGCAACACAACUUGUCAUCUGAUCAACACACAGCUACUUCUUUGACCGCUGCUUCUUCUUGUUUAUUUUUCUACACGCACAUUUUUCCUACGAGGUUAUUUUUUUUUUUUGCUUUAACGGCGGAAGGAUUUGGGGGGGUAAAACUGUUAUUGAGACCAGCACAACAAACUCGGGAUACCGCUUGCAGUUCUGAGUUGUGACAUAUUGUUUUGCCUCCACCGUGCGGGUUUAUUGCUUUUUUAUAGACGAGUUUUCUGCUCAUAUGGUCUGACUGUCCCUCUGACUGUAACGUCUUGAUCUACUCAACGGUUUAAAACAUUCAACUACAAUGGAGUACUUUGAAGAGAAUUUCUAUACAAGGAAAUAAGGAUCUCUACAUAGCAAUAACUGCAAGCCCUCCAGCAUUCUUGUCCUAUCGGUAGGUUCUUUGGUCAGAUUGCCUCAGUGCUUCAGGUGCAACUCCCCCCUUCCCUCCUCCAGUCCAGGAUGUCCAGGCAACUCUCCCAGCUUCCAACCCCUGACCUGCCAGCUGGGGCAAGCCCACAGUUUGGAAGUUGUACUCAACCUGCAGGCUCCCUUACAGGGGGCCACGUCAACUCCAUGGCCGGUUUAAAAUCCCUCUUGCAGCAACCCAUGAAGGGAGAUCACCGGAUAAGGAAUCCAUGUGACGCAAAAGACAAAGACAGACUGGACCUUGAUGAGGACUCUUUGGGGGUGUGCCCCAUGAGGAAUGGCAAUGGAAUAGUCAGCAAUAACAGCAGUAAUGGCUGUGGAGGUGGUGGUGGUGGAAAUAGUGGACCAGGCUUCAGCCAGUUCCUUGGACCUCUCCUGUGGGAUCGCACCCUGCCUGCGGAUGGGGGGCUCUUUCAGCUCCAAUACAUGGACUUGGAGGAAUUUCUGACCGAAAACGGUAUGGGCAGCAUGCACAACAACAACAGCUCCAGCUCGGCCCAGAUCCCCUCGCAGAGCUCUCAGUCGGCCGUGCCCAACCAGAGCUCCCAGUGCCUACCGCCCUCGUCCCCACCGGGAUCUUCGUCCUCGUCGCCCUCUUCCUCUUCUUCGCCAUCCCUCAUCGGUCUGGAGGUGGCUCAGCCGCAGAGCCUUGGAGGAGGAAGCGACUGUCUACAUGGUGGUCAGACGAGUAUGAACGACUCUUGCGAAUCGCCUUCUUCCUCCUCUUCCUCCUCCUGUCCUCCUUUACUUACACCGACGGGAAGUGGACCGGAUGCGAUGGGAAUGUUUGAGAUGGACUCUUCAGACAUGGCCAUGUCCAGCACCUCUGGAGAGCAAGACUUUGACCCCAGAAGGCACUCCUUCAGCGAGGAAGAGCUGAAACCACAGCCAAUGAUCAAAAAAGCCCGCAAGAUCCUGGUGCCUGAUAACAUGAAGGAUGACAAGUACUGGACCAGGAGGUACAAAAACAACGAGGCUGCGAAGCGUUCCCGGGAUGCUCGCCGUCUGAAGGAGAACCAGAUUUCAGUGCGGGCCGCCUUCCUGGAGCGAGAGAACGCCGCCCUCCGUCAGGAAGUGGCCGAGAUGCGGAAGGAACUGGGCCGCUGUCGCAGCAUCCUUAAUAAAUACGAGAACCGUCUGGGUGACCAGUGAUGGAAGAAAAAUCCGGAAGAGGAGGCAGAUUAAAAAUAGGACUCCGAUUUUCCAGGAUGGUCUGACGAACUAACUGAGUAUGAAAUCAUACUGAGAAAGACGUUGACGAUUUAAAUGAUGAAUGUUUAAGUCCAGGAAAAGGGUUGUGUACUGAAGCUCAGGUGUCUUGCUUUGUUGAGCUCUUAAAAGUGAUUGAUGGAGAAAGAGAGAGUAAUUUAACUGAUUAAAAAGAUGUGACUUUUAAGAGUUUUGUUAUUGGAGAAUUGUAUAUUUUUAUAAUACUUAAGAAAAAUGUAGAGGGAGAUCAAAUGCAGAGAAUAAUUUUGUAUAUUUUCUACAUCUUUUGGACACAGAGAUGCAGAGAAGCCAUGGUGAACAUCAUUUUAUUUUAGAUGAGUCAGGAGUUGUCAACCUUCAUGAUGCUUUAGUCACGAUGCAGCAGCAGAGUUGAGGACAUAUGUAAUAAUUUGUAAUAUAGAGAGCAGAAAUUAUCUUAAAAAUUGUAUUGUUGGACAUUUUGUGGAUUUUUCUUGAGCACUUCCUUUAUUACCUGUCACAACAAGGUCGCUGGGCAUGCUCAGUAGAGACAGAUUGAGAGACAAGAUGUGUUCAGCACUUGUCUUGACCAGCUGUUGUGUUUGUUUUCUUCCUUUUUAUGUUUUUAACAGAACAUUUCACCAUGUCGACUGGUGCAUAUUUUUGAAAUCUGUUUUAUGUCUGGAUUCAGUUUGUAUUUUUAUUUCUCUCUCCCAGAGGAGUGCUUUGUGAUGUUGUGGAGCCCGGGGUAGUCCUGCUCCUUUGCAUCCUCUUCAUAUAUCCAUACCUGUACUUCUGCUUGCUUCCACGGUUAAACUCUUCCCUUACAUUGUUGUAGCAUACUCUGAAACCAGUCCCCCACAGGUUAGGCGCACUUUAGGGGAGGAAAUGUGACUCCCCCACCCCAAGAUUUCCCAGAUUUCUGGGAGAAAUCAAGGCCAACAUUUCCCAUGUGGAUGCACAGAGCUUGUUGUUAUUUAGUGCUUUUUCCCCAUAUCUACCUAUCUGCUUUUUACUGUAUCUAUUAACACCUACACAGGGGCAUGGUGCUCAGUGUUAUUAUGUUCCUGGGGGAGGGAUGACUAGCGAAAGUAUGUGAUUUUAAUCCCUUUAAUGACCAUGAUGGAUAGUUACCGCUAUUGUUAUUGUUAUAAUUAUGAUGAUUACCCUCCUAUUGUUAUUAUUCUAUAUUACUGAAUGUUUUUCUUUCUUUGGAGAGAUAUGAUCUUUUCGAGUGUUCCUCAGAAAUACUCACCCUCAGACAUUUGCUUCUGCUCUGGACUCCACCACCAUCUCCUCUGCCCCAGUGGAUUUCACAAACUCUUGGUUCAUGGACUUGAACGUGACGUUCAUGCGGACUUUUUUUUUACCUUUGUCUUCUGUUCUCGAGCUGUGUAAGGACUACGCACAUGACUGCAAGGCUCCUCGGCGGUUCCUUUCAGCCUUUAUCAUCUCACUCAGUGAUUGUUUGCUCUCCCAACAGGAUCAAGUUUCUAAUAUCCUCACAGAUGUGGUUGGUGAACCUUGUAGUGACUGCUGCAUAAGUAGUGUUUAUGGUGCCCAGCUCCCUUUCCCUACCAGUUUGAGCUGGCUGUUUUUGGAUGUAGUUGCAACUUCCUAAACAAAAACAAAACACCAAUAAAAGAUUGUUCUCAUCCA